CGUUGCCAUUGAGGAGCAUUGACUCAGUGAGUGGAAGAGGUUUGUUUGAAACAGACCGCAAUGGAGAGACCAGCGCCCAGGGAAGCGAGGGUGCAGCAGGCUCCUUCCAGCAGCACAUCGAGAUGCAAUUAUUUAAUGGACCAAGACAAUGUAAUCUUUCCUCAGUACAAAGCCAAAUGUGACCAGCUGCUUCUACCAACCAGGAGAACACCGAGGGAGAACUCAAAAGCCGUUUACCAAUUGCCGGUCUGAAUGAGACAUUUUAGCGCCACUGUGGUAACAGCUCCCCGCACAUAGCACAUCACUCUUAAAGCCACAGUGCUGUCACACUCCCAACUCGCAAACAUCCUUUUCUCUGAUCUCAGGUAGGAGAGAGAGGACUUGUUAAGAGGGACAGCGAGAGAAAGAGAAGGGCAAUAUCUGGAUUGAUUUCAGGGGGACUGCUCAGUAUGAACGAGUUGAGAAAGAUUGGAGGUGUCACUGUUGCUUUGAAAGGCAGAUCCAGAGAACAUUUACUCAGUUGAUCCCAGGUACGGAGGGACUGUCUGAUGAGGGAGAGGUUGAGUAGGUCAGGCCCCUGCCGCUGCUGAAGUUUAGGUGACCUUAUUGAAGAUUCUUAGAGGGACUUAACAGGGGAGAGGUUGUUUCCCCUUAUGUGGGAGUAUCUGGGACCAGAGAAGCAUCAUCUCAGAAUAAGGGAGGUUACCCAUUGAAGACGGAGAUGAGGAGGAAUUCUUCUCUCCGAGCAGAGUCGAUCUGUUGACUUUCUUUUUACCGUCCAGGCUGGGUCGUCGGGUCUAUUGAAGGCUGAGAUUUUGAAUCAGGAAGGGGAAUGGAGGGCGAUUGGGGCAGAAAGAUACCAGUGACUGACCAUUGUGUCCCACCUUGAUCUCUCUCAGACUCUCUGGCUGUGCUCCCCUGCCACCAUUAGGAUCAGAGAAGCAAGAAACAGCAGACUGAGUCACUGACUGAAUGCACGCCCCAAACAGACGGGGCACAGCGAAGGAGAUCCUCACCACUCUCCUGCUGCUCGGGCAAGUGAUAAUUGUACAAAUACGAGAAGGUUCCUCAGCAGAGACUGGAACACCCGUGCUCACGAUGGAGCCAAUGUGGGAGAGAUUCUUAACGGGCGACCGGAUCGUUCUUAGCUGUGAUGCCGGUCGAGAGCUUCGUUUGGUGAGAUAUAAGUGGAUCAUAAACAACAUGACCAAAGAGUUCAGGGGGAAGAUUUACACCAUUGAGGCUGCUGGAAAAGAGCAUGAUGGGGAGUACAGAUGCCAAACUUCCACAUCGACACAAACAACAGCCGACAGUAACAGCAUUCUCGUGAGAAUAUCGGCUCCUGAUUCGACUAUGAGGAUUGAGUCUGAGCCAGAACCUCUGUGGUAUGAACAGACACUGAGGCUGAGUUGUAACUGCUCGAACCCCACGCACAAUAAGUUCGUUUACACAUUUUAUCAGGAAGGUUCUGUUGUGGCUGAGAUCCAGACAAUAAAUAAAAGUGUUUCUUUUCAAAAAGAGCCAGUUACAUUUGAAGAUACAGGACGGUAUCGAUGUCAAGUGCGUUUUGUUGAUUAUCCCAAUGGUCCUGUGUACACAUCAGCUUACAUACAUGUGGAUGUGCGAGAAAGUCCGGUGACAUUGCAAGUGGAUCCCAGACUACAGAGAGAUGGUGAUUCCGUCACAUUGAAUUGUCGGUGUACCCAGGAUCAUGUGUGUGGAAGAGGACAAAUUUCCUUCUCCAGAAAUGAGACCCUCCUGAACCCUGAUUCCGUGCCUCGCAAUGUCUAUCGCAUCCACUGAGCAACCCUAAUGGAUUCGGGAUGGUACCGCUGUGCGAUUUUCCAGAACCUUUCGACGUUCCUGUCCCUCUGGGUGGAAGUCACUGUCCAGAUCCCUGUGAGCUGCCCAUCCAUCAGCUCAGAUCUGAUGGGGUCCGCUAUGUCCAUUGGUCACCACUUAACCAUCCGGUGUACCUCCGAAAAUGGGACACUGCCUAUAAACCUCAUGCUAUACCGUCACCACCACCACCUCCUGAGGAACAUGACAGUUGUUGACUGCAGGACAGCCACUUUCCAUGUCACCGUGCCACAUGAGGGGGAGGGCGCUGUGUACUCCUGCGGUGCUGCAAAUGCCGUUGCCGACGUUAUCAACUGCAGUGAGCUGCUCGCCCUCACUGUGUCAGAUCCCUCUGGGAAAUUUGCUCUGCUGGUCGGAGGUUCUGCUGUUGCUGCAAUUCUCCUCAUUGUUUUCCUGCUUCUGUUCGCUGUCUGCAAACUCCAUCGAAAAGAGAGACAUCAGGACACCUCCGGUUCCCAACCCAGGAGAGACACCAGCAGCCCCAAUCGUGAUGAAAUUGUGUACUCUGUUGUUCAAGCAAAGAGGAAAGAAGGAGGUAACAAGUUUCUAAAUAAAUUUGCAUCACUGUGUCAGAAAGG